AUGAGCAAUGAGGUUUCCGUGCAGUUGCUGGACUCCAGGAGUUUAGAAAUUCAAGGAAAUGCUUUUGGGUUAAAAUCCAUGCGAUGCAACAUCAAGACGGUGUUUACCUUGAAUACAGCAUGUACUGCUUGUGCUGCAGUGACCAAAAUGUUGUGUCCAAGAGGCUGGUUCAAGACCACUCAAGGAUUAGGAGUGAGGGACUGCAGAUACACUGUCAAGUUAGGAGAAAACACCCUUUCCCUGACAGGCUGCUAUCACAUGUGUAAGAAGGAAAUUGAGGAGAAAAAGUGCUGUCCAGGAUUCUGGGGUACAGAGUGCUUUGAGUGUCCAGGUGGCUCUCAAAAUCCCUGCAAUGGCCAUGGGACAUGCCUGGAUGGUAUACAGCAAAAUGGGACCUGCAUCUGCAAGGAGCAAUACAGUGGGUUUGCCUGCCAGAACUGUCGAGAUGAAAAUCGUUUUGGCCCAGACUGUCAGUCAGUGUGUGACUGUGUGCACGGGGAAUGCAGCAGCGGGGUUGCCGGGAACGGCAGCUGCACGUGCUAUGGAGGCUACACCGGCCCCAGGUGUGACCAAGAGCUUCCUCUUUGCAAAGGCAUGACAUGUGAGGCCAACAGCGAGUGUGUGGUAAGGGACGGGACAGCCAUUUGCGACUGCAAGCUGGGCUACAGAAAAAACGGGAGCAUUUGCCAAGCUUGGGAUCCUUGUGCUACUUCUCCAUGCUCCCCCUUUGCUGUGUGUAAGGUUCUCGGACCACAAAAAUAUCAAUGUACCUGCAAAGAAGGAUUUCAAGGAGAUGGGAAGAUUUGUCAGCCCAUAAACCCUUGUGUUGACAGUAAUGGAGGCUGCCCAGAAAAUUCUACAAUUUGUAUUUACAGACGUCCAGGAGAGGCAUCCUGUAUUUGCAAGCCUGGGAUGAUUAGGAGAAGUCCUUUGUCUGAGUGUUCUGUAGUUUCCAGCAACUGCCAGCAGUAUUUUUGUGACGUGACUUCCACGUGUGAAAUUAAUUCCCAGGGGAAUCCUAGCUGUGUGUGUAAGGAAGGGGAGAUUGGAGAUGGGAGAAGUUGUUAUAAAGAUCUCUUGAGUGAGAUAAAUCAGCUUAAUUCACGAGGAAGGUUUGCUAAGAAAUUAAACGUCGCCAGGAAAAUGUUUGCUUCUGGUUGCUCAACGCUGCUGACUAAAUACGGGCCUUUCACAGUCUUUGUGCCAUCCCUUCUUCCAAUUCAUGACAGAAUGGAAUUCAACGAUACCACUGCUGAGCAGCUGUGCAGAAUGCACAUUGUUCCUGGUCUGCAUUUCGUAGAAGAAAUGGUAAAAGCUAAGACUGUAUGGACUUUGUCAGGACAUCAGCUGACAUUCAGUAGCCAGACGUACGUCAAAUCGUUUCGAUAUCAGGAUCUGCCAGGAGAACUGUACAAUGUCCUACAAUCAAACCUACCAGCAGCCAAUGGCAUCAUUCAUAUCAUUAACACUCUAAGGAAGACACCCAGCACUGACAACCUCAGAAACCCUCAGAAAACCAUUGGUGAAAUACUUGCAUCAAUGGAGAUCUUCAGCAGAUUUGAAACUAUACUGGAGAACUGUGGCCUGCCUGCAAUACUGGAUGGACCAGGGCCCUUUACUGUAUUUGUACCCAGCAAUGAUGGCGUGGAUGAGUUGAGAGAUGGAAGGCUCAUUUAUCUUUUCACAGAGGGCAUAAAUAAGCUUCAGGAACUUGUGAAACAUCAUAUCUACACUUCAGCAGCGGUGACUGUAGAGAAACUGAUAAUGAUGCCACACAUUUUUACCAUGGCUAACCAAGUACUUACCAUCAACAUCAGUGCAGAUGGAAGAAUUCUGAUGGGUGAAUCAGGGAUUCCCUUAAAGAUGCGAGACAUUGUGGCAUCAAAUGGUAUUAUCCAUACCUUGGAUGGCAUCUUCAUCCCUCCUUCAAUAAUUCCCAUUUUGCCUCACAGAUGCAAUGAAGAGCAACAUAAAAUUGUGAUGGGCUCUUGUGUGGAUUGUGAGGCCCUCAACAACAGUGUUUGCCCACCUGGCAGCAGAGAAAUGGAAUCAAUGCUCUUCCCAAAAGAAUGUGUCUACAUCCAUGACCCACAAGGCCUGAAUGUCCUGAAGAAGGGGUGCGCCAGGUACUGCAACCAAACCGUCACGAAACCUGGAUGCUGCAAAGGGUUUUUUGGUCCAGACUGCAUGCCAUGCCCAGGGGGAUUUUCCAGCCCAUGCUACGGACGGGGAAAUUGCAGUGAUGGCAUACAAGGGAAUGGCAACUGUCACUGCUUUGAAGGUUUCAAAGGAAUUGCCUGCCACAUCUGUUCAAACCCAAACAAGCACGGCGAGAACUGUGAUGAAGAUUGUGGCUGUCUCCAUGGCAUCUGUGACAACAGGCCUGGCAGCGGCGGUGUGUGUCAGUCCUGGUCCUGUAAGGAAGGCUACACUGGGAAAUUCUGUGACAAGACAUCCAAGAACUGUGGCUCGAGCGAGCUGUCCCAGUACUGCCACCAGAACGCUGUCUGCAGCCUCAAUGACACGGCAAGGUGCAUCUGCAUGGAUGGAUAUGAAGGUGAUGGGUUUUCCUGCCAGCCCAUCGACCUGUGCAGUCAGCCAGACCGAGGAGGCUGUUCACAGAAUGCCCUGUGCACCAGUACGGGCCCUGGCACUGCCACCUGCCAGUGCCACACGGGCUGGACCGGCGACGGGAAGGUCUGCGUGGCCAUAGACAACUGCAUGCUGGAGAGCAGAGGGAACUGUCACAUCAAUGCCAACUGCAUUUACAUCGGCCCUGGCCAGAGCAAGUGUGUCUGCAAGAGGGGUUAUGCUGGAGAUGGCCACAACUGUGAUGCAAUCAACCCGUGCCUUAUGGACAAUGGUGGCUGCCAUGACUUGGCUACAUGUGUACCCCUUGGUGGAGGAGACAGAACCUGCACUUGCCCUGAAGGCUACAUCGGGGAUGGCAUGACAUGCUAUGGGGACAUUCUAAAAGAGCUGGCCAGGAAUUCCCACUUCACAGGCUUCUAUGACUGGGUUAAGAAAUCUCUCUUCAGCAUCCCAGCAGGAGCCAAUGUCACUGUCCUGGUGCCAUCGGAGGCAGCUAUCAAAAACUUGAACAAGACUGAGAAAGAUUUCUGGUUGACUCCCUCCAUGCUGCCAUUUUUAGUGAGGGCCCACUUUCUUGAAGGUGUCUUCACUGCUGAAAAGCUCAAAAAGUACAACAGGCCAGAGUUACCCACCCUCAACCCACAGACCAGAUGGCAGAUAAACACCAGCACCGGCGUAUUAACCAUCCAGAACGCAACUGUAGUUGUCAGUGACAUCCCUGCCAGCAAUGGCAUCAUUCAUGUCCUCAGUAAGGUUUUGUUGCCACCUCCAGGAGAUAUUCCACCGAGUCCUCCAGGUCUGCAGAAACAGCUUGAGACAGUUGCCUCAUUCAGCACAUUCAAGGAAUUGCUACAGAAAUACCAGCUCAUUGGAAAAAUUGAGUCCUCUGAAAAAUAUACUGUUUUUGUUCCUGGAAAUAGUUCCAUUGAGGAGUACUGCCAAACUGCCAAUGUGACCCAGCUGGACAACAAGACAGUGCAGUACCAUGUCAUACUGGGAGAAAAGCUCUUGCCCACGGACUUGAGAAGUGGAAUUCAUAAGAACAGCAUGUUAGGGCUCUCCUACUGGCUAAUGUUUUACCAAAACAGCACCCAGAAGUUCGUCAACAAUAUUCCUUUGGAUGGAAAAUUUCAUGAGACGAAGAAUGGCAUGCUGAUUGGAGUUUCACAGGUCCUCCAGAUACAGAAGAAUCGUUGCACUGCCAAUACCACCACCAUACAAAAGUCAAGAUGCGGCAAGUGUGAGAAGGGGAUCAAGUGUCCUCCUGGGUCAGUUCUUGUGGAAUUGCCAGGAAGCAAGAAUCUCGCUCGCUGUGAAUUACGCUCUGGGGAUUCAGGAGUACUUGGCUGCCACUUCACCUGUGCUAAAGUUUCUCUGAGGUCCGUCUGCUGCCCCGGCUACUAUGGACACAUGUGUGAGAUGUGCCCAGGGAAGCCAGGCCAGUGGUGCUCCGGGAACGGGGAAUGCCAGGACGGCAUGGAGGGCAGCGGGGAGUGCCAGUGCCUGGAGGGCUUCCACGGCACUGCCUGUGAGAUGUGUGAGGUGGGCCGAUACGGAGCUGACUGCAAAUCAGAAUGUGCCUGUGACAAUGGCAUAUGUAACGACGGGCUGCAAGGGGACGGGAGCUGCGAGUGCUUCCCAGGCUGGACGGGCCCUACAUGCCAAGAAAGAAUCAAGAUUGACUUGUGCAAUAACACUUGCCAUCAAAUGGCCAACUGCCUCAACAGUUCCACAGAUUCCUCACCUAUGUGCUUCUGCUCUGCUGGAUACACAGGGAAUGGGACCCAUUGCACGGAAAUAGAUCCAUGCACUAUGGAUCAUGGUGGCUGCUCCAUCCAUGCCGUGUGUACUAAAGUGUCCCCAGGAGAGAGAACCUGUGUUUGUAAGGAAGGCUACGCUGGAGAUGGGAUGCUCUGCAUGGAAAUCGAUCUCUGUCUCGAAAGCAAUGGGGGCUGCCACACCCACGCAGAGUGCAUUAAAACAGGUCCACGGAAGGUUGCCUGCAACUGUCUUCCUGGUUACAGUGGCGAUGGCGUGAGCCAGUGUAACCCCAUCAACUUGUGUGAACAGAACAAUGGAGGCUGUAGCCCGUUUGGGCUCUGCAAGUACACAGGGCCUGGCACCCGAAACUGCUCCUGCUCCUGGCACAGUGUUGGAGAUGGCUUCACCUGCCGUGGCAAAGUGUAUCUGGCAGAAAGUAUCAAGGAGCUCAGUGGGACAGGGCCUUUCACUGUCUUUGUGCCCCGGACAGAUUUCAUAGGGAACACCACAACGUUUGAGGAGUGGAGGAGCAGAGGUCUCCUCCAGGACCUGCUUCGCUACCACAUGGUGGGUUGCCGGAAGUUGCUGUCCAGUGACCUGGAAGCCCAGGAGACCCUUACGUCUUUAUCUGGCCACAAAAUAAAGAUCACAGUGAAAGAGAACAGCAUCUAUCUCAAUGAGGAAGCCAAAGUGGUUGUGAGUGACGUUGUUGGCAUGAACGGGGUCAUUCAUUUCAUCGACAAGCUCCUCAUUCCAAGUGACCUGGUGGACCGCAACAUCUCUUCAAAGAGCUCACAGCGAAACAUCACGGAAGUGGCAGAGGCCUUUGGGUACACCAUUUAUAGCCAGCUGCUGCAGGACGCAGAGCUGCUGCCACUGGUUAGUGACCCCCUGCACAGACCCUUCACCAUGCUGUGGCCCACAGAUGCUGCAUUCAGUGGCCUCUCCGAGAAAAGGCAGAAGUGGCUUUACCGCAGAGAGCAUCGGGAUGUGCUGGCCUCCUACCUCAAAGCACACAUGAUCAGGGACACCAAGAUUGUUGCUGGAAACAUGCCCCAGGUUGAAUCCAUACGGACCAUGCAUGGCUCCACCAUCUCAUUCAGCUGCAGCAAAACCCACGUGGGAGAGCUUCUGGUGGGGAACGGUGAUGCCACCAUCAUCCAGAGGCACAUGGAAUUCAACGGGGGCAUUGCUCAUGGCAUCGAUAGGCUGUUGGAGCCGCCGGACCUGGGAUCUCGGUGUGAUGAGUUCACCUUUGUUGAGCUGCAGGGAUCUACAGAGAGCUGCGGACUCUGUGGCUUCGAGCCCCCGUGCCCUGCUGGCUCCGUUCAACGGGGGGACACCAAGCGCUGCUACUAUUACAGAAACCAGCUGCUCAGAAACACUUUUCUCUUUCACCGGAACUCCCUGUUGCGGCAACCCUCCCCGUGGGACACCUUCAGAAGACACUUGUCUUCCAGGGGGCCUCUGAAAAGAGGCUGCAGGAGGAGCUGUGUUUCCAACCAGUGGGUCCCUCAGUGCUGUGCAAAUCACUACGGCCGUGACUGUCGGGCGUGCCCAGGAGGGCCGGAGGCACCGUGCGGUAACCGCGGGACCUGCGAUGACAGAAUCGGUGGUUCGGGGAGCUGCAAGUGCAGCCAGGCUUUCAUCGGGACCAGCUGCGAGCUGUGUGCCCCCGGCAGAUACGGGCCAGAGUGCCAAGAGUGUAACUGUACCGAGAACGGUGUGUGCAACGGAGGACUGCACGGGGACGGCUUCUGCUUCUGUGCCGAGGGCUGGACUGGAGACCACUGCGAAACCAGACUAGUCAUGACGCCCACCUGCUCCCCACCGUGCCACCCCCAGGCCGUCUGCCGCGCCAACAACCUCUGCGAAUGCAACUUGCACUACGAAGGCGAUGGGAGAACGUGCUCAGUGCUGGACAUGUGCAGCCAGGACAACGGGGGGUGCGCCAGGCACGCGCAGUGCACGCAGGUCGGGGUGAACGUCUCCUGUGCCUGCGCUCCCGGGUACGGCGGCGACGGCCAC